AACUUCACCUCACAACAAUAACAACAUAGCUGGAAAACACAGACACAGUUCUCGCAAACACCUGUAGAAUUUUAACCAACAUAACAAUGCCACUACAUUUCAAGGGCAUCAGUGAGUACAAGAAGAAAUUUAAAGACCGAGUCGCUACCCGCUCCAGAAGCGGCUCUCCUCAGCGACGGAUGCGCUUAGCUGGACUUCGAUCUGACCAGAUGGGUAUCAGUCGAGAGCCUCAGUUUCUGUCCAAGAGGAAGGUGCCCUCCUCCCACACGCCCCAGGUGUCCAGCUCCUUCCAAUGGAACCCCAUCACUACAGAACCCUCACAGAGACGAGAUGAGACCCCCAGACCUGGUACCUCUCCCCUGGCUCCUACCCCAGAGAGAGUCCACACCCCUCUGGCCCCUAGGGGUCCCCCUCCUCCAGGGGACCCCCAACGAGGCCCGACCACUCUCCAGGGCCAGACUCACACCCGGAGCCCCCUGGCUACUGUAGAGAGACAGGACCAAGCUUUCAACGGGGUCGACUACGUGUUGAGGAGGAAGGCAGGGCUGAAGUCGUCUGGACAGAGGACCGGACUACAGAACUCGGAGUACAGGAAACAGUUUCCGUGGAAGACACCUGUAGCUGGCCACGCCUCCCCGCUGCUGGCUGCAGAGCAGAUGCUGUACACCAGCCACCGUUCCAUCCCUCCUUUCAAGUCUAACCCGGUGGUGGUGUUGGAGAGCGAGUACAGCAGGAACUUUAAAGCCUCUCCUCCUCCCAGAGGACCACGGCUACGCAGCGACGUAGACCAGGUGCCUCCGUUCCAGAGAGAGAACGUUUCACCCGAGAAAGCAUCAAAGAGGGAAGAGAGAGAGAGAAAGAGGGAAGAGCAGAAGAAGAAGAAGAGGGAAGAGGGAGAGAGAAAGUCCAGCAUCGUGGAGGAGAAUAUUCCAGUUCCACAGCCUCGGGAGCAGCUGGCGGACCAGGAAGUGAAGUCACAGAGCCCCCAGAAGGCACAUCUUCCCCACAGAAAGCUGAAAUCAGAGUAUAAUGCCAACUUCCGCUCUCCACUAAACUACAUGUACAAGGACGGCGCCUGGGUCAAGGCUUCCACAGUAGUAGAGGAGGGGCGUGACAGUCAGCAUAGUCACGUUUGGUAUCACGAGGUGCGAGAGCUUCGUAAGAAGGCGGAGGCCUACAGACAGAGGGCGUGGGGGACCCAUUUCUCCCGCCUCCACCUCAACCAGAUCCUGUCGGACCAGAACCAGCUGUGGGAUGCCUCCACCCCUUCCUCCUCUAACCUCAGCUCUGGGACAGGUUCCGGGGACGGGGAGGAAGACAGGAGUCCUACCCCCCAGGCUCUGGAUCUCGCUAGGGUUGACAGUAGCUCCAGCUCCGUAGCCGGACCCCCUCCCCUCACCCCCGUGUCCAGUAGAAGGAGCUCCACUCGGGGGGCUGGGGACACAGCAGGCCCCCCUGGUCACCUUAACCCUUUAGCCCCUAACCUACCUAUUCAGAGGAGACUAGCCUGGGAGGAGGAGACAGGGGCUGGGGGUGGAACAGGGGAGGAGAGAGAGGAAGAAGAGGACAAGGAGAAAAAGGAUGAGAGAAAGGAUGAGAGAAAGGAUGAACUGAGGGUGCUGGACCAUCGUUCGUCGUCUGUAGCAGGCUCCCACAGGUCCAGAGAGGGUGGCAGGAUGCCCACACCCACACUGCAAAGGAUCGCUACUGUUCAGAGAACUCACCACGACCUGACGACUCCAGCCACUGGAGGUGCUAUCCUGGUGUCUCCUCCUAAGAUGGAGGCUAACGGCUGGGCGAAGAGAAGUGAACCUCCGUUGGGUAAAAGCCGUCCCCCAUUUAAACGCCUCUCUCUGGCCUCGCCACGACGAGCAGCCAGACAGAAUGAGGAGCGGAAUCAGCCCCAGUCCUCUCCUGCAGCAGGGGUGACUACUGUGGACCCCCUCCCCCUGAGAGAGGACUCCUGGUCGGGGGAGACCUCUCCGGAGAACCCCCCUGAUCCUCCACCGGAGGCCAAAGCCUCCCGUAAACGCACUACCAGCGGACAACCAGACGCCACCGUCCCUGCACCUGUUAACCGCAUCCAGGGGACGCUCAGAGACCCAGAGUUCCAACAUAACGGUAAUUUAGGCCUGAGGACGUCUGAGCUGCUGCUGUGUCCUGGUGGUGGCUGUGGAACUGAUGAUGAAGAUGACAGGAUGUCCCAGAUCUCAUCCAGGUCAGCAGCGUCCUGCUCUAUGGCCUCCCAGGUCCUGGACCGAGCCCAGAGGAGGAAGGACCACUUCUGGGGGAAGAGAUAACAGGAAGCACUGCCCCCCCUCACAGUGCAUUCCAAAUGGAACCCUAUUCCCUAUGUAGUGCACUACUGUUAAGAGGAGGAAGGAUGACUUCUGGGGGAAGAGAUAACAGGAAGCACUGCCCCCCCUCACAGUGCAUUCCAAAUGGAACCCUAUUCCCUAUGUAGUGCACUACUGUUAAGAGGAGGAAGGAUGACUUCUGGGGGAAGAGAUAACAGGAAGC